UUCCUUUUGUGGGUUUUUUGUAAAGAUAUGCUAAUAUUUAUCAUAGAAUGUGUCAAAAAUAUAUAAAAUCCAUGACCUAUACACCAUUGGUGAACUGCCUUUAAAAUGAUUAGUGAUUGUAUAAGUUCCUUAAUCAUAAGAAAAAAUCAAAACUUGCUUGAUUAAUUGCACAGUUAUUAUUUAGAUUUCUACAUGGGUGAUAUCAUUAUAUUCAUUGGAAAACUUUGUGACAACAUAGAUAUCAUAUUUGCAAAUAUAGCCAUUGAUUUAUUAACCUGUCAAUAAGAUAAAAUACUUGUGUGAGCAAUGUUGUAAAGUAGGUAUUAAAUAAAUCUGUAGUAUUGAUUAUAUAUUAAAGUAAUCUGCAGAGGGCAAUUGUACUCACUGAACUGCUUGCGUCCCAACCACUGCUCUGGUGGUCCCCACUCUUACCCAGUGUACAUCUUGAAGUAAUUUAACACGUGAGGUUUACUUUUUUGAAACAAGAAAUACCAUUGGGAAAUUCAAACGAGAAGUUUUACGUUUGGGCAUUAAACGAUGUCAGGCGAUAAAGAGAAAGUGAUAAUCGAUACAGAUUGUGGAGUGGACGAUGCGCAAGCAAUAGUGAUAGCUUUGAGUAAACAAUUUUCUGAUACGAUCGACGUGAUAGGAAUAACAUGCUGCUCAGGAAAUGUGUUUGUUGAUCAAGUCACCAUAAAUGUUUUGAAAGUUCUUACUGUCCUUGGAAGACUUGACAUUCCUGUGUACAAGGGAACUGAGAAACCAUUGAUACCUGUGGAUUUUGAUGCCACUCAUAUUCAUGGAGAAGAUGGACUUGGUAAUGCUAAAGACAUUCCUGAACCAGACCCAAGCAUGGUGCAGAGUGAAUCUGCAGUCAACUUCUUAACAAGAAUUAGCCAAGAAAAACCUGGAAAUAUCACUUUACUUGCUAUUGGACCAUUGACCAACAUUGCAUUAGCAUGUAGGCUACAACCCAACUUUGGUAAAUGUUUUAAAAAGUUGGUAAUAAUGGGGGGCAACUAUCAAGGUAUUGGAAAUACUGCAUUAUGUGCAGAGUUCAACUUUCAUUUUGACCCUGAGGCAGCACUUGUUGUGUUAAGUGAGUUUACAUCUCCAAUAAUAAUGAUCACCUUGGAGUUUUGUAGAAAAUAUUUCAUGAGUCAAAAGUUUUUGGAAAAUUGUUUAAACCAAGGUACUGCUUGUAGUCAUUUUCUGCAGAAAAUAACAGCAAGGUCACGACAGCUUCAUACUGAUGGAAAAUAUGGAUUACCCAUUGAUAAGAUAACAAUAUAUGAUGAGUUAGCAGCUGCUGUUGUAGUUAGUCCUAGCAUCGUCAUUUCAUCAGAACAUGUGUUUGCAACAGUUGAGUUAGAAGGAAAAUACACUCGUGGACAAAUGGUUAUAGAUUGGAGGGAUGUGUUGAAGAAAAGAAAAAAUGUCUCCAUUAUUAAAGAGAUAAAUGUUGAAUUUUACAAGUUCAUUUUUCACAAAACCUUGCAGUAAAGUAUUCCUUUUGUGGGUUUUUUUUUGUCAAAGUAGCCUUUAUUGUAAAGAUAUGCUAAUAUUUAUCAUAGAAUGUGUCAAAAAUAUAUAAAAUCCAUGACCUAUACACCAUUGGUGAACUGCCUUUAAAAUGAUUAGUGAUUGUGUAAGUUCCUUAAUCAUAAGAAAAAAUCAAAACUUGCUUGAUUAAUUGCACAGUUAUUAUUUAGAUUUCUACAUGGGUGAUAUCAUUACAUUCAUUGGAAAACUUUGUGACAAUUAACAUAGAUAUCAUAUUUGCAAAUAUAGCCAUUGAUUUAUUAACCUGUCAAUAAGAUAAAAUACUUGUGUGAGCAUUGUUGUAAAGUAGGUAUUAAAUAAAUCUGUAGUAUUGGUUAUA